AUGUCGGUAAUGACUGAUAUCUUUCUCAUUGCACCUCUUCCUCUCCUCCUACUACUCUUCACCAUCGGGGCCUUCAAAUGCAAGCACCUACUACCUCUGUGGAAGCACGAUCGUCAGAUCAAGCUCGAUUUCUCCCCAAACGAACUUUCUGGCAUCGACAUCACUAUCGUCAUAGUUAUCUUCUUCUUGAGAUCUGUCAGAUUCUCAAUCCUCUCAACAUGCACCCGCAUCUUCAAGCUCAGAAAUAUGGUAUCUGAAGUUCCGAAAUCGCCAGACGCAGACGAACUCUCGUUGGUCAUGCCGUUUCGCGUCACGCAAGCCGACCUUACUACAUAUUCCGCUGCUAUCAAGGACCCACUGGACAGUAGGAACAACCAGUUGUCGGGCGCACAAUUGCUUCUCUUCCUGUCUGCUCUGAGUGAGCCAGCUAUGCUGCUGUUGCUUGCGCACCCGUCGUGUAAAGUCCGGCCGUUAGGUUCCGUCAACGUGAGAAACCGAUUCGAACUGCUAAGGCCUGAUUUACUAUGCGAAGGGCAGGCACUGACAGCGUUAAAGAAAGCCUUCUUGACAGCAACCCUCUCAAAAGAUGAUCGCGUCGUCAAACGAGGGUUCGAGGUCGACCUUGUCGUCAACUUGAAUAUUCCGAGCAAGGAUUCGGGCAGCUCAAUCACGGUCUUUCGGCAAAAUUUUACGAUUUUGCAGUUCGCAAGGGUUCGACGAGAAAUGGCUCAACAACAGGAUGUUGCUCGCAAUGGGGUAUUUAACCCGGCCUGGUCGAAUGUAACAUCACUUGCAGUCGAGUACAAUGAUCCGGCGCAGUGGGCAAGGCUCUGCAAGGAUUACAAUCCCAUUCAUACCUCAACAAUCGCAGCAAAAAUCUUUGGGUUCCCAGGAAAACUGGCUCACGGCAACCAUGUCGGUGCCUUAGCUGCCAAGUAUAUUACUCUCCCAAGCGAAAAUGAGCCAUUGUUUAUGGAGAUUACUUUCAAGCGGCCCGUGGUUGUCCCUGCACAAUUGGACCUGAAGGUAUCCCGAGAUGGGGCGGAAGCCUCGCACGCAGAUUUCCAAAUUCUGAGCAUGAGCAAGGACAAAGUCAGCAUCGAAGGAAGGGUUGGCCAGCUCAAAUAG